UAUAUACAUAGUUACAUACACCCCCCACCCCCUACCCACACACACACAUAUAUAUAUAUAUACAGCAUAUAUAUACAUACUGUUGUUGUUGUUGAUAUAGCUAGCGAUGGGUGAGAACAGUGUAAACUUGCCACCUGGGUUCCGAUUCUACCCCACAGAUGAAGAGCUGGUCGUACAUUUCCUCCAUCGAAAGGCGGCGCUUUUGCCCUGCCACCCUGACGUCAUCCCCGAUCUCGAUCUCUACCCUUACGAUCCAUGGGACUUGGAAGGGAGAGCGAUGGGGGAAGGGAAUAAAUGGUAUUUCUACAGCCGGAGGACGGCGAGCAGGAUUACGAGCAAUGGGUAUUGGAAGGCGUUGGGCGGCGGCGACGAGCCCAUUUUUUCGAGCUCCGGCAGCCACCGGGUGGGGGUUAAGCGGUACUAUGCUUUCUAUAUCGGCGAGCCGCCGCAGGGUGACAAGACCAGUUGGGUCAUGCAAGAAUACAGGCUCUCAGAUUCUGCCUCUGCUUCAACUAGCUCUGCUAAAUCCUCUUCUUCAAGAAGAAGAACCCACUCCAAGAAUGAUUAUAGUAAAUGGGUAAUUUGUCGAGUGUAUGAUGGCAACUGCGAUGAUGAUGGCGACGAUGGGAAUGAGCUUUCGUGCUUGGAUGAAGUCUUCCUCUCGCUAGAUGAUCUUGAUGAGAUUAGUCUUCCACAUUAAUAUAUUAAUUAAUUAAUUAGAUCCAAUUAUAAGCAUAAUUAGGGUCUAGUUGAUUCACAUUAUAUUCUAUAUAUAUUAUUGGCUAGUUAAUUCUCUUUGUUUUUCAUUAUGUAGUUCUCUCAUCUUCCAAACUAUAUUAUAUAUGUCAAUUGUUUUUUGUUUUC